AUGUCCCUCUUCCGCGCCUCGUUUGUUGCUCGCCGAGUGCUGCGUGCACCACGCGCUUUCCCAGCUCGUUCCUGGGCAGUGCGCACUCUUACAACAAAGAAAUACACCACCGCACACGAGUGGAUCAUCUACGACGACGCGACCUCUACCGGUACGACGGGGAUUACGGACUACGCCCAGUCUAGCCUGGGCGACGUCGUCUUUGUCGAAUUGCCUGCACCGGGAAGUGAGCUCCUCGCUGGAGAACCGCUGGGCGCGGUGGAGAGCGUCAAGGCUGCGUCGGAUAUCUACUCCCCCGUCUCCGGCACCGUCGAAGAAGUGAACGAGAUCCUCGCUUCUGAGCCUGGGCUCCUUAACAAGUCCCCUGAGGAACGCGGCUGGCUUGCAAGGAUCAAGAUGUCCAACCCUGCCGAGAUGGACGAGCUCCUAACCGAAGAAGCGUACAAAGCGCACUGCGAGAACGAGGAGCACUAACGUCCUUGACCGCUCCGAUCCAUAGAUGAGGGGGAUCGACUUCAACAGGUGGACAAUCUCGUGCAAGUUGUGCGGGGGCGAGACAAGGCACGAGUGGAGGGGGAAGGGAAUACACAUACAUAUGCAUAUGCGUAUGAUACGAUAGUUCUUUCUAGCAUUAUUCGGUUUGUACCGAAAAGCCUUCAACGGCACAUGAUUCCCGAUCCCUUCGCCCUCUCGAGUGCAUUUAUCCGCAGUCCCGAUUCUCUCAGUGAGUUUCCUCGCCUGCUUCCCCCUCGGCUGCUCCCUCAGCCUUGAGCCUCGCCUGCUCAGCCUCCCACGCCUCGCUCCCCCGUACGUACUUGCUCGGGACGUACUUGUACGCUUCGCCCCGCUCGUCCAUCCGCCGACGGGCUUCGGUCAUGGCCCAUGUGGUGAUAGACGUAUCAGGCUUGUAGUACAACGCCACGCCCGCGACGGCGAUACUCCCCCACAUGCCGAUAUACCACGGGAGCUCCCAUGGUUCCCAUUUACGUUUCUGACCUGCGGGGAGGGGCUUUUCGCCGAAUAACCAUCCAGAUGGCUCGUUAUAGUGUGGCCCUCCGUGUGCAGAUUUCUGCCUUGCCGUUGUGGAGAUGUGUCUUGAACGCACGAGUCUGAUUGCCUUGAGUGUGCG